GGCCCCUGCGCUCAGAAUAUACACACUAGGCGAUGUGUCUGCCACCCAUCGUUGUCGCCGUGAACGCCGAACACACGUGCACAGCUGCGCACAGCUGCGCUGAACAUGGCCGCGGAUCCUGGCGUGCUUUGCUGCAAAUAAUCGUGUGCUUACUGGUGUGCCCUGUGAGGGAAAACUGUCUCUUGCUCGGAUUCGCCUGCAUUCAUCGCGUGACGCUGACGGCGCGAGGAGCGGCGUGAUGGACUCGCCGCGGAGCUGGGCAGUGGCGGCGGCCUGCUGCUGGAUCAACGUGUUCACUUUCGCCCUGGUCCGCUCGGCUGCCGUGGUGUACGUGGCGCUGCUGCGCACCUUUCCGGUCACCAGGGAACAGGCGUCCUGGCCCGUCAACCUGUCCGUCGUGUGCUACUUCCUCACAGGUCCUAUCGCGGGAGUGCUCGCGAGGUACAUCCCCAUAUGGAAGCUGACGGUGCUGGGAUGCCUCGGCGGAUCGCUGGCCGUGUGCGUCUGCUACUUCGCACAGUCGAUGCUCUUUCUGGACGUCUUUCUCGGCGUCACGCACGGAACUUGCAUCGGCCUGCUUGCUCUGUUCAGCGUCGUGAUAAACCAGCACUUUCACAAGUACCGUGCCAUGGCGUCCGGCAUCAGCAAUGCUGGCUUCACCAUCGGCGGUCUCAUCUUCCCUCCGGUCAUCCAGUUGCUUGCGGACCACUACGGCAUUCGCGGCGCUCUCCUACUCGUCGGCGCCCUCAUGCUCAACUCGGUCGCCGGGGCUUUUCUACAGCGCAACCCGCCGAAAACGCAACCGGAAACACCUUCGCCACUCAAGCGUGGUAAAGCCGAAAACACCGGUGGCAUGGUUCAGGACCCGGAAGAAGGAGACGCCAUGAUAAAAAUAUCAGAGAAAUCUGGAGAUGCCAGCUUUCGGAGAAGCGUCUCAGCGUUUGACGAUGGUGAGUGUUCCGAUAUAAAACACGGAACUCAAGAAGCUGGCGAAGGUGACGCAGUUUAUCUCCAAGUGAAGAGUUCAGCGGAGAAGGACCAGGACGUAAACAGUGAUGAAGAAGGCGACGAGAAUGCCAAGUUGCGAGCGCUGGAUGCCCAAGGUCACGGUCAUCCAAAAGUUGUUCGGAACCAUACGCCAGUAGUCAAAGUGAAGAGAUCGAGUCGCGAGAGGAGACCACUACUAUCAUUCCUACUGUUUCCGGCAUUCUAUCUCAUCUCGUUUUCGUUGGCCAUAAUACUCUUUAACAUGAGCACAUACAUGACCGUUAUUGUCGACUUUGCUGUGGACCGUGGCGUGUCCAAGUGGAAUGCCGUGUACCUGAUAUUCGCCUACGCCGUGGCUGACCUUCUGGCCAGACUGGGCUCCGGUUGGAUUACGGAUCGAAAGUACCUGCUCAAGAGUACCAUGAUGGGCUCUCACUUUGUGAUGUGGGGUGCGUCGCUCUACAUGAUGCCGCUGUGCAGCCAGUACUACUGUCAGGUUGCCCUGUCCGUACUGUCGGGCUGGUGCAACGGCUCGACGCUAAUACUCAUUGGGGUGCUCUUCAUGGAAUUGGUGGGCAUCGACAAGCUCGGAGUCUGCUUCGGCGUCGCGACGACGUUCGCUGGACUCUUGGGCCUCUCGAGGCCAUCGCUUAUAGGUUUCUACAGAGACGCCCACGGCGACUACGAAGGUCUUUUCGGCCUCAUCGGUGGCGUGACGUGGGGAAUGUCCCUACUGUGGCUGUGCUAUUACGGGAACGAACGGUGCGCAUCACGUAAAAAGCAAGAGCGCACGUCGCGGACGAGGUCAAAGAUGGCGGCCAUCUUCACGCCGGAAGGAAAGAGCUGAGGACGACUGUGAUUCGUCUUCUUCAUUCUUUUCUCUCCCUCACUCACGUUUACCCGUGAAAAAACGGUGCAUCAUCUUCGACCACCGCGGUGUCCUUGCGACGUACUUGCCGCGCUAACAUUCUCAUUCGCUUUGUCGGCUUAGAGCGCGUAGUGGCGGCACUAAAUGUACAUAUGAACGAGCCGAAGCAGCAUGAAACAUAAGAAGGAAAAUAUAAUCUGGAGGGCAGGUAAGUUAACCAGGACUGAAGCUGGUUGUUUGUUGUGCACGGUGGGAAAGCGGGGGAAAAAAGGGGAGGGGGGAUAUAUGGGACAAUGAGUUCGAGUACGAAGUUGGGCAAGUUGAAUUGACGUACAUUCCGUAAUAGUUUAACUGCUAUCAUUCCAGCGAGGACACAGAAAGUGGAUGACAGCACUGCGCACGUACUGUAGUCCACUUUCUCUGUGUAAUUGUUUUGAAUUAGCGUAAACCAUUGCGGAAUGAAGAGUACGACUACACUGAAGAUCUCGACGUAAUGAAAGUUCUGAGCACUGUCACUAACGAUCGCUCAGGAAUUCCCUAACUUUACCCCAAUUCUGAAAAUCGCAUUGCUUCGUUACGACUGCGCUAGUGGAGUAGUCGCACCGAAGUAAUGGAUUACCAACUUGCCCGGAAUGCCGCUCUCACGGAAAUCAGAGCAACGCUUUUGCGACCUUUUACCAACUAGCCCUUACCAACUAGCCCACCUUUCAAUAAUAUUGCUUUUGUGACCUCCUAGGGAGGGGGGGGGGGGCAAUUUAGGGAGUGCUGACACCCAGGAGCGUCAACUCUCCCGCUCUCGGGCUCAGAGGGAGUGCUGCAAAAUAAAAAAAGCGCCGCAGUAUGAAAAUAUAUGUGCUUCCAAGGGCUUCGGCUCUUAAGAGCCGGGUAGCAUGCCUGCUAACACGCCAAAAAAUAGUGCUAAAGCUUACUGGAAAUGUUCUCAUUCGUGUUGUUGAAAUAAAUGUUGCUAUUUUUAUUAUAAGAC